AUGGCCUUGUUAUGCCCACUAAAACUCCCACCUCGGCUUCAAUAUGAUAGCGAUGCGCAGAGUAUUAGCCUCAGAUCGUUAGCUUCGACACCUACGUCGCUAAGAACAACUCUCAGAAUCCCAUACACAAGAAAAAGUGCUUGGGAUGAUGAUUUUGAUCCAUUCACGGUGGCUUUGAAGAAGGUGAGGGAGGAAAAGAAAGGAUAUGAUCAUAGGCGAUCAAGUUAUCAUUUACUAUUCAUGACUUCUAAAUCAAAAUGCUCGAGUCCAAGGGAUCGAAAUAAGGAAACCAAAGAUGUGGGACGAAGCCCAAAAGGGCCCAAGAGCCCGAGGGGUUUGUUUUUUGGAGGAAGAGUAAGACCUGUUCAAACGGAACGCGAAGGAUCCAACGAGCCCAUUUUAACUAAAGGGGUGCAUGGAGAAAAUGUAGUGGAAAAUAAGGUGCAAAAAGUAAAAGGACUUUUGCUGAGGUUUGCAUCAUUUGGGAGAGAAAAGAGUAACUCCAAACCAACAAAGCAAACUUCAGAACCAUGGACGCCGAAGAAAUUCAGGCAGUCGAGCUUUAGAGUCGAGGGUAAUGGUAAGGAAACAAUGUCUGCUGAUGCAAAGAUGGCAGUAGCAGAAUAUGAGAUGCCAAUGAAGCCAACACUUGCACUUUGUUUGGGUUAUGGAAUUGUAAGUUCUAGGAACAUGAAACGAUGUUUGUACUUCUAA